AUGGCCUCUGGUGCAGGCAAAUCAACAGCUCUCGUCUUUCUAACCGCGAACGUUAUCCUCUACUUCAUAAUCAUCGUCUUUUCAUCGUGGGCCGUCAAUCAUGGCAUCGAACAAUCUCGUUACACGGUCAUCUUCUCGCUUUUAGCCGGGGUUGUCGGAUUUACGACAUCAAUUACCGGCAUUUAUAACGUGAAACAAUGGAAUGCUCCAAAUCUACAUGCAGCUGCUUCAUCUUCUCUUGUGGCAUGGUUACUCACACUUCUUGCCAUGGGGGUGGCCUGCAAUGAGAUAUCUAUAGGCUGGAUAGAAUCAAACUUAAGAAUAUUGGAGAUAGCAUUGAUUUUUGUGAGUGUAUCUCAUCUAUUCAGCACUGUUGCUAUCCACAUUGGUGUUGCUGAUGUAGUUGCUUCAACCACUCCUAUGAUCAUUUAA